AUGCUGUUGCGAGCAUAUGUAAUUGAAGACAUCGUCACAGAGACAUUUUUUCAUGUUCAACAUGAUGACAAAGAGGAUAUUAACACUCACGUCACGAAAUCGCAGAAUCCAUUUGUGGUCUUGAACGACAUACUGCAGAAGCAUGAAGAAAAGGUUUUGUCUGCAAGAAUCUUAAAUGGCAAAAUUUUAUCCAUGCUAGGCAAAGAAUAUGACAACUUUAAAUACUUGUGGGACACAAUUCCAUCCAAAAAUCGAAGUGUGAAACUUCUGAUUGAAAAACUGUGCACCAUUGAAUUGCGUGAUCAAAGUAUGGUUGGAUCAGCUGUGUUUGUUUCUGAAAAGAAUGUUGCAUUUUUGGCACAUGUUUUUGGUGCCUCGGUCAAUAACAGUUUUGAAGUCAACUGUUGGUAUUGCGAUAGUGGUGCCACAAAUCACAUCGCUGCAAAUGAACAAAAUUUUGUGUCUGAUACAAAAUUUGCUGUUCCAGAAAAGAUUUCAAUUGGGAAAACAGGUGUAAGCAUGUUGGAUCAUGGACAGGAAACUGUGAAAAUUCAGAUUCAGCUGAAAAAGUCCACAAAGAAUUCUGAACUGAGAGAAGUGCUUUAUGUUCCUGAAGCAAGUGCUCACUUGUUCUCUGUAAAAGCAGUUGGACGAAGAGGUUUCUUCAUGAGACUUAAUGACAAAAGUGUCCACAUUGGAGACAAAGUGACUGGUGAAAUAAUGAUGACUGGUCAUGUCAAUCAUGGUCUCUAUGUUCUUGACAUACUUGUAUUUAAACAAUUCCAAGCAGUUCAAGUGAAGUGGGUGACAUCAUCAGAUAUGCUGAAAAUUGGAAAUUUAAAAUUUUCCCGGUGA